CGCCGGGAGUUCGGGGAGUGACAGCGGCAAGUCCUGGCUUCCCGGGCAGGCGGCACGGGUGGGGGCAGAUCCAGUUCAAGCCCCUUCACUCUCCCCGCCACUCCCCGAGGCUCAGAGAAGCCAAAUUCUCACUCCCACCUUCACCUGCCUUCAGAGGGCCAAGGCCACCGCUCUCUGGCCAAGAGAGGGCUGCCCCCGUGGGGUCUUACCCGCGCGGACUGCUAGAAACCCCGAGAGGUGUUGUCUGCUUCAGUCCUGUUUGGCGAAGGGGGUGUGGCGGGGAAGGAUGCGGAGCUCCGUUCCCCUCCUCUGCCUCUGGAGCGUCUAUUGUUGCUUUGCCGCGGGAAGCCCCACACCCCCUGGUCCGGAGGGACGGCUGCAAGAUGAGGGCCUCAAAUCCAGCCAUAUACAGGUUUCUGCCAAACCUCCUGUAAGAUUCAACCUCCGCACGUCUGGGGACUCAGACCAUGAAGGAUGCUACCUGUCACUCGGCCACAACCAGCCCUUGGAAGACUGUGGCUUCAACAUGACCGCCAAAACCUUCUUCAUCAUUCAUGGAUGGACGAUGAGUGGCAUGUUUGAAAAUUGGCUAUACAAGCUGGUGUCAGCCCUGCAGACUAGAGAGAAAGAAGCCAAUGUCGUCGUGGUUGACUGGCUUCCCCUGGCCCACCAGCUUUACACAGACGCAGUCAAUAACACCAGGGUGGUGGGACACAGUGUUGCAAGGAUGCUUGAUUGGCUGCAGGAGAAGGAUGAUUUUUCUCUUGGCAAUGUCCACUUGAUUGGCUAUAGCCUCGGCGCUCACGUGGCUGGGUAUGCUGGCAACUUCGUGAAAGGCACGGUGGGCAGAAUCACAGGUUUGGAUCCCGCUGGGCCCUUGUUUGAAGGGGUGGACAUCCACAAGAGGCUGUCCCCUGAUGAUGCGGACUUCGUGGACGUCCUCCACACCUACACACGUUCCUUCGGCUUGAGCAUCGGGAUUCAGAUGCCUGUGGGCCACAUUGACAUCUACCCCAAUGGGGGUGACUUCCAGCCGGGCUGUGGGCUCAAUGACGUCUUGGGGUCAAUCGCAUAUGGAACAAUCACGGAGGUGGUGAAAUGCGAGCACGAGCGGGCCGUACACCUCUUUGUCGACUCCCUGGUGAAUCAGGACAAGCCGAGUUUUGCGUUCCAGUGCACGGACUCAAACCGCUUCAAGAAGGGGAUCUGUCUCAGUUGCCGGAAGAACCGGUGUAACAGCAUCGGCUACAAUGCGAAGAAGACGAGAAGCAAGAGGAACAGCAAAAUGUAUCUCAAAACCCGGGCAGGCAUGCCCUUCAGAGUUUACCAUUAUCAGAUGAAAAUCCACAUCUUCAGCUACAAGACAAUGGGAGAAAUCGAACCCAACUUUUACGUCACCCUUUAUGGCACAAGCACAGACUCCCAGCUUCUGCCUUUGGAAAUAGUGGAGCAGAUUGGGCUGAAUGCCACCAACACCUUCCUGGUCUACACCGAGGAGGACCUGGGAGACCUCUUGAAGAUCAAACUCACCUGGGAGGGGACAGCUCAGUCCUGGUACAACUUGUGGAAGGAGCUCCGCAGCUACCUGUCUCACUCCCGCAGCUCCGAGCGGGAGCUGAAUAUCCGGCGCAUCCGGGUCAAGUCUGGGGAGACUCAGCGGAGAUUAACUUUUUGUGUGCAAGACUUUGAGAACACCAGCAUCUCUCCCGGCCGAGAGCUCUGGUUCCACAAGUGUCGAGAUGGCUGGAGAAUGAAAAAUGAAACCAGGGCUCCCUACAGCCUCGCUACGGAUCUUCUCUGAGGGGCCCGCCAGGCCCGCCCACCCCCACCUUCCAGGGACACGGAGGAAAGUUACGGCUGAGGACGCCCCGAUGGAAGGAUCCCUCUUGCGUCCUUCCGGGUCCUCAAGGACCCGGAAGAGUCUCUUGGCUGGGCCCACGACCUUACCUCCUAUGACGGUUGGGACUUCUCACCAGAGGGGACCAGGCACUGCUGUUCCUGCUGUUCCUGCUGCUCUAGAAUAGCUCUAACUCCAGACCCGUGUGCAAAGGGUCAAAGGCCGGGGGCCUCUCGUGCACACCGGGCUGGUUUCUAAGGGACUAGAUGAGUCCGUGCUUUCCCUGAUACAGAACACUUGUGGAAGCACGUGGAAGGCUGUCAGCUGCCAGACCUGACCUGAGAGGUGGGGAGCGGUCGUUGUGCUGGGAGCUGACUCGUGUCUGGAUGGCAGACCUGCGACUUAUUCAUCCAGAGAGGGGGGUGAAGAUCUGGGGUGGUGGUGAGGCCCUCACUGUUGGGGUUCCGUGGGCUGCACCGAUCACUACUGGUUACAUUUCAGCCAUUCCGUCCUGCUCUCCAGCUCAUUCUCUGAAGCACACAUCAUUGGCUUUCUCGGUUUUCUGUUGAUUAUUUUUUGAUUGGACAAAUGUUUGUUAAGCACUUAACCCUCAUUAGCACAUGGCAGGAGACACAUUCAUAAACCU